AUGACCUCCAAUACUACUCAUAGCGAGGGCCCUGAUGCUGUCACGGCAAUCUCGCCAACCGAUGUCGAAUUAGCCCCCAUCACCAGUCACAGCAAACAGGAUGAUCCAUUCCUGGUCGCAUUUGCUGAGCCUUUCGAUGCAGAGAACCCAAAGGACUGGCGGACCGGUCGUAAAUGGGCUGUUACCGAUGUGCUCUCUGCAACCGGCUUCAAUCGAAUCAUGGUAUCAACGAUCAUCGCCCCAGCCCUAUCCACAAUCUCUGCAGAAUUCGACAUGAACUCCGCCGAGUCAGCGAUGGCUCUCUCGAUUUAUCUUCUUGCAACAGCGUUCGGUCCACUCUUUAUUGGCCCUUUGUCUGAGGUCUAUGGUCGCAAGCCAAUCCUCCACGCUUCAAAUGUCUGGUUCCUUAUCUGGAAUAUUGCCUGUGGCUUCGCUAGAAAUAAAGAAACGUUGAUCGCCUGUCGCUUUCUCGCCGGCUUUGGCGCUAGUGCCAUAUACGCUUUGGCGAAUGGUGUUUUGGGCGAUGUGUGGCGACCCGAACAGCGCGGGCGCUCUCUUGGAGUGUACAUGCUGAUUCCCUUGCUGGGAGCCGCUGUUGGUCCGAUCAUCGGUGGCUUCAUGGCGGAUCGUACGACUUGGCGCUGGAUGUUCUGGGCAACAUCUAUCUUCCAGGCAGUUAUGAUUCUAGUCUCUUUCACGGCUUUCCAAGAGACCUAUGAGCCUUUAAUCCUGCGCCGUCGUGCAGAGCGAAUUCGCGGGGAAACUGGCGACACGCGGUAUUACACUGUUCAUGAACGGAUCCAUGCGAACAAGUCCGCGCUAAGGAUCCUGGGACGCGCACUGGUCAGACCUGUCCGGCUUCUAGUUUCUCAUCCUAUCAUUCAAAUCUCUUCGCUCGUGUCGGCAUUCUACUAUGGAAUUCUGUACAUUGUUCUUUCUACCUUUUCAGAUCUAUGGAUUUAUCAGUAUCACCAAUCGGUGGAAACCAGCGGUUUGCACUACAUCGCAGUUGCAUUAGGCGAGAUUGUGGGGGCUCAGCUCUGUGGAAUGCUUAUGGACUCGCUCUACCAUCGUCUCAAAGCCCGUGCUAAUGGCGAGCAUACUCCUGAGCUUCGAACGCCUUCUGUUUUUCCAGGUGCUUUUAUCGGGCCGCUUGGCUUGUUUCUCUAUGGCUGGGCAGCUCAGUAUCGCCUCCAUUGGGCUAUUGUCGACCUUGGUGCUUUCAUUGCAAUGCUUGGCAUACAGAUUACAGGCAUGCCGUUGCAGGCAUAUAUCAUGGAGGCCUAUCCGGAACAUACAAGUAGUGCCGGGGCCGCUUCUCAGUUUCCACGCAGUCUGACGGCAUUCUUGUUCCCUUUGUUUGCGCCAACUAUGUACAAGGUACUUGGAUAUGGGUGGGGAAACACUACAAUUGCAUUUAUAGGACUGGUCGUCGGACUGCCAGCUCCUUUGAUUCUAUGGUAUUACGGUGCAAGGCUGAGGGCCAGGGCACAAGCAAGCUAUUAA